GCUCCGGACCCAGCAUGGCUUUCGCCAAUUUCCGCCGCAUCUUGCGCUUAUCCAACUUCGAGAAGAGAAAGUCCCGUGAAUAUGAGCACGUCCGCCGGGACCUGGACCCCAACGAGGUGUGGGAGAUUGUGGGCGAGCUGGGCGAUGGCGCCUUCGGCAAAGUCUACAAGGCCAAAAACAAGGAGACUGGAGCCUUGGCAGCAGCCAAAGUCAUCGAGACCAAGAGCGAGGAGGAGCUGGAAGACUACAUUGUGGAGAUUGAGAUCCUGGCCACCUGUGAUCACCCAUACAUCGUGAAGCUCCUGGGGGCCUAUUACUAUGAUGGGAAGCUCUGGAUCAUGAUUGAGUUCUGCCCUGGGGGAGCUGUGGAUGCCAUCAUGCUGGAGCUAGACCGAGGCCUCACCGAGCCCCAGAUUCAGGUCGUAUGCCGCCAGAUGCUGGAGGCGCUCAACUUCCUGCAUGGCAAGAGGAUCAUCCACCGUGACCUGAAAGCUGGCAAUGUGCUUAUGACCCUUGAGGGUGACAUCAGGCUGGCUGAUUUUGGUGUGUCUGCCAAGAACCUGAAAACUCUGCAAAAGCGAGAUUCCUUCAUAGGAACACCUUACUGGAUGGCCCCUGAGGUGGUGCUCUGUGAGACCAUGAAGGACGCCCCCUAUGACUACAAGGCUGACAUCUGGUCCUUGGGCAUCACGCUGAUCGAGAUGGCACAGAUCGAGCCCCCACACCACGAGCUCAACCCCAUGCGGGUCCUGCUCAAGAUUGCCAAGUCGGACCCUCCCACACUGCUCACGCCCUCCAAGUGGUCCGUGGAGUUCCGAGACUUUCUGAAGAUAGCAUUGGAUAAGAACCCAGAAACCCGGCCCAGUGCCGCGCAGCUGCUAGAGCAUCCCUUUGUCAGCAGUGUCACCAGUAACAAGGCUCUUCGGGAGCUGGUGGCUGAGGCAAAGGCUGAGGUGAUGGAGGAAAUCGAGGAUGCCAGAGAUGAUGUCAGGGAUGACGGAGAAGAGGAGGAGGCUAUGGAUGCCACCUCGCCCCUGGUCAACCAUACUCAGGACUCUGCUGUUGCAACUGAGACAAGCCUCAACUCUGACAACCCUCCCCAGGAUUCUUGUGUCACCCUGCCUCCCAGCCAGCCUCAGGAGCCUGUGAACAAACCCUGUAGCCAACCCUCAGGGGAUGGACCCCUCCAAACCACCAGCCCUGCAGAUGAGGUCCCCAAGAAUGACAGUGACUCAAAGGUACCUGUUUCCCUCCGGAAGUCCCGACCAUUGUCCAUGGAUGCCAGAAUUCAGGUAGCCGAAGAGAAAGAAGUCACUGGCCAGGCUGAGGACUCCAGUCCUGUGGCCAGCAAGUCCCAAAAGGCAAACCAGAGCCGCCCUAACAGUGUCGCCCUGGAGACCUUGGGUGGAGAGAAGCUGGCCAAUGGUGGCCUGGGGCUCCCAAGCUCUGUAGUUCCAGGCCAUGCUAAGAGGGCUUCAGACUGCAGCAGCCUGUCUACCUCGGAGAGCAUGGACUACGGCUCCUCCCUGUCUGCCGACCUGUCACUGAACAAAGAAACGGGCUCACUGUCUCUCAAGGGAUCAAAACUGCACAACAAGACCCUGAAGCGGACUCGAAGGUUUGUGGUGGAUGGUGUAGAGGUGAGCAUCACCACCUCCAAGAUCAUUAGCGAAGAUGAGAAGAAAGACGAGGAGAUGAGAUUUCUCAGGCGCCAGGAACUCCGAGAACUUCGGCUUCUGCAGAAAGAAGAACAUCGGAACCAGACCCAGCUGAGCAGCAAGCAUGAGCUGCAGCUAGAGCAAAUGCACAAACGUUUUGAACAAGAAAUCAACGCCAAGAAGAAGUUCUAUGAUGUGGAGCUAGAGAACCUGGAGCGGCAGCAGAAGCAGCAGGUGGAGAAGAUGGAGCAGGACCACAGUGUGCGCCGCAGGGAGGAGGCCAAGAGGAUCCGCUUGGAACAGGAUCGAGACUAUGCCAAAUUCCAGGAGCAGCUCAAGCAGAUGAAGAAGGAGGUGAAGAAUGAGGUUGAGAAACUGCCCCGGCAGCAGCGGAAAGAGAGCAUGAAGCAGAAGAUGGAAGAACACUCACAGAAGAAACAGCUGCUUGACCGAGACUUUGUAGCCAAGCAGAAGGAGGACCUGGAGCUGGCCAUGAAGAAGCUCACCACAGAAAACAGGCGUGAGAUCUGUGACAAGGAGCGAGAGUGCAGGCAUGCGGAUGGCAUGUCCUCCACAGACCGUGAGGCAGCCCUGUGGGAGAUGGAGGAACAUCAGUUGCAGGAGCGGCACCAGCUGGUGAAGCAACAACUUAAGGACCAGUAUUUCCUGCAGCGGCACGAACUGCUGCGCAAGCAUGAGAAGGAACGGGAACAGAUGCAGCGCUACAACCAGCGUAUGAUGGAGCAGCUGAAGAUCAGACAGCAGCAGGAGAAGGCGCGGCUACCCAAGAUCCAGAGGAGUGAUGGCAAGACACGCAUGGCCAUGUACAAGAAGAGCCUGCACAUCAAUGGCGCAGGCAGUGCCUCCGAGCAGCGCGAGAAGAUCAAGCAGUUCUCGCAGCAGGAGGAGAAGAGGCAGAAGGCGGAGAGGCUGCAGCAGCAGCAGAAACAUGAGAAUCAGAUGCGAGACAUGGUGGCCCAGUGCGAGAGCAACAUGAGCGAGCUGCAGCAGCUGCAGAAUGAAAAGUGUCACUUGUUGGUAGAACAUGAAACCCAGAAACUGAAGGCACUAGAUGAGAACCAUAACCAAAGCCUGAAGGAGUGGCGGGACAAGCUGCGGCCGCGCAAGAAGGCCCUAGAGGAGGAUUUGAACCAGAAGAAACGGGAACAGGAAAUGUUCUUCAAACUAAGCGAAGAGGCGGAGCCCAGACCCACCACACCCAACAGAGCCAGCAAGUUCUUCCCCUACAGCUCUGGGGAUGCUUCCUAACACUCCCAUCCCCAGGCUGUGGUGGGUAAUGUGGCAGCAUGGUCACUGGCGCCUCCAAGCCUCUGAGAACAAGUGACUCAGGACCUCUUUCUCUUGCUUCUGUGCCAGCUCGAACCAGCCCCUCACCCUGAAAUGCCCCAGUUGUCCACAAUGCCACCCUGGUGCUUCUGAUGGAUGACUUCGUCAAGACAUUCCCAUCACCUGGAAGUGAUUAGAGCUGUUGGGGUCAGGGGGCAGGCGUGAUGGGUGUUCCCUUCCUGUUUGCCAAAACACCAGCUCUACUGUCUGUGGGCACAAGUGCUACCAAUGACAUCACCGUGAAUUCAUCCUUAUUGUAAUCCGUGUGUGUGGUGUGUGUGUGUGUGUGGUGUUGUGUGUGGUGUUGUGUUUUUGUUUUCCCCAGCAGUACCCCCCAGCCUCAGAAAACAUCCCUAACAGCCAUUUCAGUUCCAGCAGCCAGCUCUCAGGGGUGUCCUCAUUCCCUGAUUCACCCGGCUUACUUUGUACUUGAUGACAGGCGCUGUGUAUGGUGGGGCUAGGCGGUGGGGAAAGGAAGGUCAGAAAUGUUCAUCCUGCUGGUUUCUGGCAUCAUAUCCCAUCUCAUUUCUCUCUCCCUGCACACACACACACACACACACACACACACACACACACACACACACACACACACACACACACACACACACACUCACUCCUUGGCCUCUUGACACUGCCUGGCUGCCUAUGCUCUGGCCUCCUAUGGAACCUGCCUGCUGCCUCCUGAGCCUUAUCCUGGGCCACUGAGUAUGUCAUGUGGAGCAGCAGGUGGGAACAUGCUGAGCGCUGGCACCAGGGCCCAGAGAAGGCACAGGCUGUACUGCCAGCCUGCAACUCAUUUGGCCGCACACAGGAUCCUGUGUUCAGGGGUAAACUCCCCUCCACAGCCAACUUCUGCUGCCUAGCACAUGCCAAUCGCACCCUUGCCCACUUGUCUACAGGUUCCCUGGGAAGGCUGUUGUCCUUUGCCCUAGUCCUGUCCUGGAGUCCCACUGUACAUUUCAAGCCUGGCGGUCCCUUGGACUUCCUUCCUCCUGAAGAAAUGCUUCCUGCCCUCAGGAACAUGCAGAAGCAGAGACACUGAACCUCCAUGGGCCUUUGGUUACUCAGGUGGCCUCCUGAGGUGCUGAGCCCCACAGACAACAACCAUGUGUCACAACCCAGAAAAACAGCUGUGCUACCCAGCCUGUGUUCACUGAUAAAAACAAACCUUUCUCGACUCUGAUGCCUAAGUGCUCCAUUACAGUAGGUGUAAAUGGCUGGCUGCCUUCGAAAGAUACUUCCUUUUUUCAAAGCCACUUCCCAAAGCUGCUGCUGGGAACCACUGAGACCUCAGCAGAAUUUCUCCAUCAGCUGCCCGAUGCUGAGGUGAUUCCCUGGGAAGUUUCCCCAGAUGAUAACUGGGUGCUUAGGAGAAGUGAGCUAGGAAAACAACAGGUCUUAGGGCUCCCAGAUCGUGUGUGCAGUAAGGAAGCUCACAGAGCCCAGGAGGGUGAUAGUUCUCAGGGUAGUGAGCUUCAGCCUGCCUUCAGGUCUCUCACUGAGGGGUCCUGAGGAACAGUUGACUUUGUUCUCUCUGGUGCACGGUGGCUGAGAAAUAGGAAAACUAGCAAAGCAUACUUGCAGGACCCAGAGAUGCCAAGUGGGCAGGUCUGCUUCUGCCAUUGUUUACAAUCUGCUUUUUUGCAUUGGGGGAUUUGACAGUGGCUGUUAGACAAAAUGCCAGUUUUGUGAUUCAGGUAGUCUCUGAUUAUUCUCUGACUUGUCAUUCAUACUGUCCUGGUGCUUUGUGUAAUUGUUGCUUCCACACUUAGUGCCACCUGAGCCCUGGUAGCUCUACUGUGCCUUUUUGAGUGGGGUCUAGCCUAGUCUCCCAGCCUCAUCAUUUAGUAUAUGUGCAAUGCCUGCUGCCGACAAGGCCCACGCAGUAUUCCUCGUACCCUGUGCUAAUGUUUUCUGUAUAGGGACAGGCAGAAAUGUUUUCAGCUGAGUAAAUAUAACUAACUUAUAUUUCCCUUCAUGAAGGAUAGAUGUAAUGUGUAUGUCAUUUCCAACCAUCAUGUAAAUUUUUUGUAAACUGGUCUCUGCAAACAAAAAAUGUAAAUAUGCUUCUAAUAAAAUAACAAGGUAAUUUGCA